AGCUAGCCCCGGUGCCAUGUGGGGAGGGUAACAUCCGCACCAUCCAUGGCAAGUGCGACUACAUACGAGACCCUUCCUCCAACCAGCCGCUCAGCAAGGAGAAGACCAUCCAGGUGAUCUAUUACUUUGACAGUGGCUGCAACCCCACCGCACAUGGCUCUGUGGCGCUGCCAUCGCCUGGAUACAUCCCCUGCG